CACCACAGCAAGAUGGCUGCAUUGCUGCGCGCAAUAGUGGCAUCCUGGUGAAAUGACGCAAGCCACAGUUUACGCUCAGUCCUCGAGGCUCUGAAGCUCUCUCUCCGGUCUCUCUCCGCAGAUCCCGCACGACUCUCAGCCGGAAGAACCGACCCUCCAGUGGACCGAGCGGAACCGGUUCAUCUGAGUGAGAGUGCGAUGAGGAGAGGCUUCAGAGUGUGAGGCCAUGGGCUGCACCUCGGCCAAGCAGGUGUCGGCCGUGCCCAACGAUGAGGAGGGACGCGGCAAGGCCUACAGCAACGGAGACCUCUUCACCGACGAAUACAAGAUGAAGGGAGUGGAGGAGGUGAAGUACAUGAGAGGGGAGGAAAACCGGGUGAAUGCACGCAACCAGGAGAACCUGGAGAAGAGUAAUGUGCAGUACAGAGGCAAACAGCAGAAAGAGGUCUCUUCAGGAAACAUCAAGUCGAAUAUUCACACGUCAGAGAGCCAGCAGGAAUUUUUCAGGAUGCUGGAUGAGAAGAUUGAGAAGGGGCGAGACUACUGUUCGGAGGAGGAAGAGGAGGAAGAUGGGACAUAGCACAGAGGCCCCCGAGAUUCACCCCCACAGAGAGCCUCGCAAUGUGUGUGUGUGAGUGUGUAAAUGCGUACGUGUGUGCUUACGUGUGCCUGAGAGAAUCAGUGUUUUACCAAUGGGGCGUUGAUGUGACGGGACACUGUAUAUGUUGGUAUGAGCAUGUGUGUGCUUUUGAACGUAUGGCAAAGAUAGUAUUUUAAUCGAAAGUGAGAAAGAGAGAGAGAGAGAGAAUGGGAUGAAGAAGACUUUCUUCAGAGACUACAGCCCUCCUCUCUUAGCGCCUCACCCCUUCAGGCCCCUGAGCUGACAGAUGGAGGUGGCGGAGCGAUGAAGGGACAGACGGAUGACAGGAGGGAGAGAUGGAGGAGGACGUGACGAAAAGGAAACAGUCCGGUCGAACUGAGUGAUUUCUUCAACAGCGACUCCUCAUCCCUCUGUCUGUCCCAUCCGUACAUCUGCACCUCCGUGGUUUGAAUCCUGAUCUAUCAUCUAUCUAAACCCUGCAAUUGGACAAAGGAACUCCCAAAUAUGGAGGACAAAUGUCUUUGGACGAAGAAGACGAAAGGGAGGAAAAGACGGUAAAGGCAGAGGAGUUGCGUAACACCACCAGGAUCCACACUGAAUUUUUUGGCCUGCCCACCUGCAGCCAGGCCGGCAGCCCGGGCCAUGAGGGACUGAGGGAAGAGCGGGUGAGGGAAGAAAGAGUGAAAGAUUUGUGAUAUUUUAAUAAGAGAGAGAGUAGGGAGCGAGCCGGUGAUUUAGAAACUCUAAACUCCUCCUGCCUUCUGAAGUCAAGGACCUUUUUUUUUUUUUUUUUUUUUUUUUUUUAAAUUGUUUUUAGCAGCCACUCGUUCGGUUAUUUUUUCACCUUUUCUUCAAUUUGUUUUUACUCUUGGCUUCCUUCGUAGUGUAUCAUCAUCAUCAUCAUGAUCAUCAUCAUCAUCAUCAUCAUCAUCAAUUCCAUUAUCAUUCUCCUCACCACAGCUGGCAGACUGUGUUCAUUCAGAGCAUCUGUGUCUCAACCCAAUCCAUCCUCCUUCAUGUACCAUAACACUGUAGAUCCGAGCUGACACACACACACACAGACAAACACACACACACACACACACACAGAGUCUUAUAUUGUACAUAUCGUAGCACACAAUCAUUCCCAACGCACCUCAGUCAGCAUGUACAUAUAAACCACACAUUAUUGUAUCCCUGUCAUUUCACCAGCAGACUGUCAUGUGCAUCAAUCAGAGGUAUUCUGUAAAGCUCUAUUUCUGCUUUGAUUCAGUGUUCACACACACACACACACACACACACACACACACACGUCCAUACACGCCAAAGCAGAAAACUGAGCAGAGCUCAAGGGGAGGAUGCGUGGUUGCCGUGUAGACACAGAUCACAUUUUUUUUGUUGUCAUCUUUACCGGAUACUUCCUGUUGUAUUAUUUUGAAUACUUUUUUUCUAUUAAAAAUAAAAACGGAGAAGCUCUUAA